AUGGACCGCUAUCGCGCUGCGACCGCGAAGUUGGCGGUGAUCGCCACUGAAACAAUUGUGGACCGCUAUCGCGCUGCGACCGCGAAGUUGGCUGCCGGCAGCGACGACGAGUCGGACGGUGUCCAACAGAAACCCCUGGAAGACUCGAAUUGCCCUGUCUGCUUUGAAGCGCUCGCGGACGGACGACCGGUAGUGUCGUGCAAAGAGCAAUGCGGCAACAACAUCCACGCCGAGUGCUUCACCCAGUGGGAAAAGUCGCGGCGCGCCAUGGUUGCCCAGCUCACGUGCAUUUACUGCCGAUCCCCGUGGCCUGUGGCCGAUGGAAUGACGUCUUUACGCGGCGACGAAGGGUAUGUUAACGUUGCGACGGCGACCAACUUGUCCCGACAUCGAGGUUGGUCCUGUCCUUUCAACGUUCGCUGA